AUGUGGGGCCACUUCCUUUUCAUUAUGAUGUGAGGGGCUCCUAUCCCAUCAGCUUCAUCAGUACAGCACAGAGGGAGAAAGUGAGUCAAAGGCAAGGGGAGGCAUAGCUAGAGAGAGGGAGGGAGAGUAUGGACAACUCAGAGAGUAUCGAACUAUAACUAGAAACAACAAGAUCACCCACCAAUUAACACAAGAUAAGAUAUAAACAGACGGACAGUAGAAGAGACAUCUUGACAGAUGAUGUAAAGUUGAAGAGAGGAAAUAUCCAAAUGAGAGAAACAAAGCAGGGAGAAAAUAAAGAAAAAAGAUUAAUGAGCAGAGAGAUGGGGAUAAAGGAGAGAAAAAUAGUGCAAAAGAAUCGUACUCUAUUGGCCAUUGGAUUUGGGGCUGGCUUGUUGCGCAUCCUGCUCCCUUUUUGGCUGGGGGUGUCCUGUCUGUUCCUGUUGGCUGCUGGAAGAGAAGGGAGAGUUUAUACCGGGAGGAAGAAACUGCCAGCCUUGACAGCACAAAGGCUCCGUUCUGGACCCCAUUUUUGCAUCUCAGGAAUAGGAGGUGGGUGUUGCCCAGGUUGGACUGUGUCUCCCAGCACCGGCCAGUGCCUCCAACCCCUCUGUUCGUUUGGUUGUGGCAGCGGAUUCUGCAUCGCUCCAAACCUUUGCUCUUGCAGAGACGGCCUCCAGGGUGUCACUUGCUCAGAUGACUUUGCCAGUGAACAUGAGAAGGAUUUGGAAGACAAAGGGUUUCCUCCCAACUGUUUAUCAGCCAUGUGCGACCAUCACUGCAGGGUAGUUAAUGGUAUUCCUAUGUGUAGCUGUUUCCAUGGUUACAGCAUCGGAAAAGAUGGUAAAACCUGUUAUGACAUUGAUGAAUGUACCCGACCUCAAGCAAUGAGCCUUUGUCAACAACAAUGUAAAAACAGCAUUGGCAGCUACAGAUGUAUUUGUUAUUAUGGCUAUCAACUCUCCUCUAAUGGCCGGUCCUGUAUCCCCAACAAACACCCCAACAUUAUUGCAGCUCCUGCGCCUUGUGGGGAAUAUGGCUGCGAAUUAUCCUGCAAUGACGGUGGUUGUGAGCACAUUUCUCGGGUAUGUCCCAUAGGAUUCAGCAUGACAGAGACAGCUAAUGGGGUUACUUGCACAGACAUUGAUGAGUGCGCAGCAGCAUCCUGCGAUGGAUCCUGUAUAAACACAGAAGGCGGCUUUAUGUGUGAUUGUGCGCCAGGACUAAAACUUGCAGCCGACAGGAGCAGCUGUUCUGAUAUUGAUGAAUGCUCCGCUCACAGAUCCCUUUGCCAGCAGAGAUGCAAGAACUUCCAUGGCAGUUACAAAUGUUUGUGUGCGAUUGGGUUUACCCUGCACAGCAAUGGACACAAAUGUACAGAUAUCAACGAAUGCAGACGGCCAGCGACAUCUCACAUUUGUCACCACUUCUGCCACAACACUCACGGCAGCUUCUUCUGUUCUUGUCGAGCAGGAUUUAUUCUAGGAACAGAUAAGGUUUCAUGUGUUGAUAUUGAUGAAUGUCUGGAGAGCACUACACUGUGCGUUUUAGGGAGCUGUGUGAAUACAAUGGGAUCGUACUACUGCACGUGCGCACCUGGGUUUCUGGCAACUAUAUCCGGCUGCUCAGAGAUUCCACUUGAGGAACAAACGGUCAGCCUUCCUCAGGUUCCACAAACAACUUAUGGAGACUUGGCUCUUCUGAAGUCAACAUCAUUGGUUCAUAUAAGCUCCAGGAGACCAACCAUCAGUACCUCUCAGAUUUCUUCAACAACUCCCAUGUUGUCCCAAGAAAUGACCACAAUGUCUACCUCAGCUCCACAGAGCACUUUACCAGAUCUUGAUUCUUUACCACCUCCUCAAUACCUCAAAACAAGCCAUUAUCCUUUAGCACAAAUAGCCUCAGGGAUUUCCCAUAUGCAAAUGAAGGAAGACAUUUUAAUCCAUCCUGGCACUCCCACUAUCCCACACACACAUCCCUUAAGCUCCCCCUGUUGGCAUAAUAAUGAACUGCAAAUAAGUGGUAGCUAUUGGACCGAAUCAGGAUGCUUAAACUGCACUUGCCAGGAAGGCAAAGUGCUGUGUGAAAGGAGGAUAUGCAACUCCAAUUGUUCCCAUCCUGACCUACAUCCAAACAGCUGCUGCCCAUCAUGUGAUGGAUGCCUCUUUGAGGGGGUGUCAAGGGCAGAUGGAGAACUGUUUCCUCAAUCCCCAGAUAAUUGUACCAUUUGCGUCUGUUUGUCUGGAAAUGUGACCUGUAUUCCCCCUGCGUGUCCUCCUGUCACAUGCUCUGACCCAUCCAUAUCAGACUGCUGCUUGAGAUGUCCAGAUGGGUGCGAAUUCCAAGGGCAGAUCUAUCCUCAUGGAGCCAAGUUUAGUAGGGAUGAAAAUGGAUGCACUUCCUGUUUGUGCCAGAACGGUGAAGUAGAGUGUUCAUUUCUGCCUUGUCCUAGUCUGGAGUGUCCAAGGGAGGACUGGGUACUGGAGGCCGGUCAGUGCUGUUACAAAUGCCAGGACCCUCCUCAGAGGUCAGGAUGCCCUUUUGAUGACAAUGGAAUUGAGAUUCCAGUUGGACAGAUCUGGUCUCCUGGGGAUCCUUGUGCUAUCUGCAUUUGUCAGGCAGAUAGCUCCAUUUUAUGCAAGAAAACAGACUGCGUGGACACUUGUCCUCACCCGAUCCCGGUGCCUGGACAGUGCUGCCCUGACUGUUCAGCAGGUUGCUUUUAUGGCAAAAGAACAUAUAGGAACAACGAGAGUUUUCCGUCCACCUCAGACCAGUGCCUAACCUGCAUAUGCUUGAUGGGCACCGUGGCUUGUUCUCCUAUUGAAUGUGCACCCAGCUGCACUUACCCUUUCCAUGAUGAAGGAGAAUGCUGUCCGGUGUGUAGAGACUGCACAUAUGAGGGUCGCAAGGUGCUGAAUGGACAGUCUUUCUCUCUGGAGAGUCAGCCUUGCACUCACUGCACCUGUCAGGAGGGAGAGGUAAAUUGUGAAGCCAUAUUGUGCUCCACUUCCUGUUCUCACCCUUACAUCUUUCCUGGGGAAUGCUGCUCUACCUGCGAAGAAUGUGCCCUUGAAGACCAUGUGCUGGAAAACGGAUCCUCUUAUAUACUAAAGACUGAUCCGUGUGUUGUGUGUCAUUGUUCUGCUGGAAAUGUGUUAUGUGAACAGAGGGACAUUUCCUGUCCUGCUUGUGAGCAGAAGACUCAGGACUGCCUGAAUGAACUCCCGGAUUCCUUUUACACAAAACAUUCUACAAUUGUUUUUCAAAGAGAUGACUCCCCAAACCUAAUAGAAGCUACUUCUUCUGAAUCAAGCCGACUGUCUCUAGUUCAAAUACUGACUUCAAGAAGGAACACCGCAACAACAGAGACCAUUAUGUCUCAUUCAACCACCUUGAAUCCCUUGCUUCAGUCUCCAGAUGUCCCUGUAACCCCAUAUAAAACACAGAUCUCUGCUCAGUCUUCUUCAUCUGAUGGGUCUUUAAUGGAUUCACCUUUAUCAAGUUUUCCUACAUCCAUUUUCUUUCAAUCUCAGCAGUUUCCCUCCUCUACUACAACCCACCCUUCCUAUAAAUUGUCUAAAAUAGAUCCAUCUAUAUCUCCUAAGAAUCAUGAGGUUGUACAGGUUAUUUCACCCGUUGUAGACCUCUCGUCUUAUAGUACCACGGUGUCUGCGAAUACAUCUGUAUCUAGGUACUCUCCAGAAUCAUCUACUAAACACUUAGGUCUUUCUAGCUCCUCUCAACAUCCAGUAAGGUUGUCUCUUCUUCCUGAGCAUAGCGCUCAGCCCUCCAUCUUACCUAAAAAUGUAGCAACUUCCACUCUGGCCCCUACACGAUUUCCUAGCAAUGUCUUCAAUCUCGAUGAGUUUCAGAUGCAAGAGAAACACGUUGAUAUGAAAAGCAUUGGCCUAGUGCCUGUACAAAUAACAGGGUGCUCUUUAAAUGGCUUCAACAUUACCAGCGGCUCCAUCUUUAUUGCAGACACGGACAACUGCAUGCACUGUGACUCUCUGAAUGGAAGAAUACUUUGCAAACCUGACACUGAUUAUCCCACUGGUUUGUGUUGCCAAGGCUGUUCUAUUCUUCCUGCCGAUUCCUGCACAGCAGAAAACAACCAGAUUCACUCAGGAUGGACAAGUGGCCGAGAAUUCUGUAAAUGUAGGAAGGUUUUCCUUCAGUGCCAGUCAUGUUCCUACACUGAGGGGUGCUACAGAGAGGACACCCCAAAAAGCACUGAAUCAGAUCAAAUUACUAAUCACAAGGAGCCCUGGAUUCCACUUUUAUUUGAAGAAAAAAGGAACUUCACAGAUGGCAUUUCUGUCCCCUAAAACCACUAGCACCCAAAGCAACAGAACAGAGAAGGCUUCACACCACACAACUGAGUGCCUCUUCUGAUCCCAGCUUCUUCAAUCCCUUCAGAAGUCGUCCAGAACUGAGGUACAAAGACUUGAAGAAGCCACAGCCUCACCUCAUCAAUCACCACUAAGUCAUUCAUCCUUAACUACAAUUACAGAAGAACAACUACAGGAAUCCACCAACAGCAUCACCUGACUGUUUGAAACUUGAAGUUGUAGAAUAAUCUACUGUGUUAGUUCAAUACACAUAUUUUUAAGGGGGUUUUCAACCUCACUGUAUCUAAAAAAAAAAAUAUAUUAUAUUUUAAAAAAUAUAUGUUCUCUCAGUAUUACAUGCUGCUACAAAGGGCAGGAACAUUAUCAGCCUGUGACUGCUCAUUAUUAUUGAGGUUAUUGUUAUAGUCAGAAUUUGCCUAGAGCCAUUACUAUAAGGACCAUGUUUCACACACACAGUAGGACAUUUUGGGAAGCUUUGUUAAGGGGACAUUGUCUAGCAUGAAAGGAGGGCUAAACCUGAGCAUUAAUAGAAUUUGUAGAGCUCUUGUAGCUGUUAUUUGUCUUCCAAGCACAGCCGCCCACCAGGUAAAGCACUUUUUUCUUAUUUAAGCUGAUAGCAGAACAGCCAAUCCGCUGCCUUACUGUUUGCUUGCUGGAAAAAAGAAACUGAGGCAGCAUAAAAAAAAGCUGCACUAUGCCCCUACCUAGACAAAAGAUAGGUCUAGAUGGUUAUACCUUGGGGAAGACUCCUAACCUUACCCCCACCGUUGACUCAUUUGGCAGCCAUGUUAAGCUUUUAACCAGUGAAUUGCCGGUCUGUAUGCAAUAGUGUGAUAGGAAGAUGCUGUAAUGCUUUAUGUUCUGACCAUAUGGUUUGCUGCUCCCCCAUCUCAAACAUUUGUUAAUUUAUCACUUUGUAUAACUUAUGUUAGCAGCUUUGCUUAUGUUUCCUGUUGUUAGCUGCUCCGUACACAGAUAUUUAAUGGUUAUUUAUAGGAGGACACGAUACAGAAGGCCAGUAAUUUGUGUAGCUUGUGCCCCCCUUCCCUUAUUAAUAAUAAAGUGUGUAUAUUAUUAGAUCUACAAAGCCUUGCACAGAAACUCCAUGUCACAGAGAAUUGCUAGAGGCUAGUUGCCUUUUUAUGUAAAGUCUCUUAGUUUUUAUAUUAAAGGGAUAUAAAUACCACAUUUUUUCUUUCAUGGUUCAGAUAGAAAAUUCAAUUUUAAAAAAUGUCCUUCUAUUAUCAAGUUUGCUUUGUUCUCCUGGUAUCCUUUGUUGAUGGAGCAGCAAAGCACUAGUGGGAGCUAGCUGAACACAUUGGGUAAGCCAAUGACAAGAAGAAUUUAUGUGCAACCACCAAUCAGCAGUUAGCUCCUAUUAGUGCAUUACUGCUCCUGAGCCUACCUAGGUAUGCUUUUCAACUAAGAAAACCAAGAGAACAAAGCAAAUUAGAUAAUAGAAGUAAAUUGGUAAGUUGUUUAAAAUCACAUGAUCUUUCUGAACCAUUUAAUGUCCCUUUAAAGAUAGUUGUGAAAAUAUGACUUUUUAACUCUGUUAUAGAACUGUGAGAUUGGAAAUAAGUGACCAACAAAAUGUAAAUAUACAGACAAGUGAAACCCAGCAAGGAGUAAAAAAAAUGCUAUAUCUAUGUUAAUGAGAAAUGUAUAAAUAUAUAUAAAAUAUGUAUUAAAGAUUUGUAUUAUAAUACCUGUAGAUAAGGAAAAAGCACAUAUCAAUAUCACCAUAUCUUGCUAAAAAUCAUUUUCUACCUGUAUUGUGAACCUGUUGUGUUUUAUGAUAUUGGAAAACAUAUUGUUGUUUUGUGAUAGUAAAAAUAAAUAUUAAUAUUAAGUGAAA